UUUAGAUAAGACAUAUCUCUAUAAUGAGCUAUUAUAUUAAUAGACUAACAUUGGCAACAUCACUGGGCUCCCCCAGAUUCGCCGACGACCCGCAGUGACUGGAAAACAUUGAGCGAGAUGAAUGAACUUUCCCCCGCCUCCCUCUUCUCCGCAUGUUGUACAGAACACAGUCUGCUCUCCAAACAGUGACAGUGAAGGAGAGCAAGGGAAACUUUGAAAACGUUUGUGUGUGUAAUGUUUACUGUUAAUUACUGAUAGCUUAUUUAACUUUUGUUGAAUGUUUUUCACGUUUUGGUAAUGUUUCCCAUGCAAAAUAAAGCAAUUGUGAAUAAGAGAGAAGGCCGUUUAAUUAACGCGGAAAGGGCACAGACCUACCCAGUUCCCACUUUAGGAAGAGGAUUAGUGGAAUAAAAACGGCUCGCAUAAAUCUCCGUAAGGAAGAAUUUACACUUUCCGAAAGGAGGGGAGAGGGAGCGAAUAGGGAACCUAAAAGGGCUGUGCAACGUCAGCAUCAACAAUCGAUACCCGGGAAUUGAAGGAGUGAAUAGAGCAGAGGACAGUCGUUGUGGAUACUGCCGCCGCUCUGUUAAAAACAUUCCAGCAGCUCAAUCAUUCCAUUAUCGCGUUGCAGUUUUGCGUAAAACCGCAUACCUUCUGACUGACACUAGCAGAUAGAGGGUUAGCUCACAGGUUGCAUACGUCUUAUUAUUGUUAUUGAACAAUACGGGAGUAGUGGGAGCAGUGAAAAGAGCAGAGAAGGAUCAUAUCUGUAGAGAAGAGGCAACACUGUAGGUUACAGUUUUCUUUGUUGAGUUCCUCUGCAAAACUAAAGGCUAAAAGAUGUCUAAACCCAAUUACACAGGAACCUUUCACAUGGUGUCUCAAGAUAACUUCGAGAACUACCUCGCAGCUUUGGAUAUUAAUUUUGCCCUGCGGAAGAUAGUGUGUAUGUUGAAGCCCACUAAACAGAUAGUCCACGACCCGGCCACGGGCAGUAUGAAGAUCCGCACACUCACCACCUUUAAGGACUUUGAUAUGGAUUUCAAACUGGGUCAGGUCUUCACUGAGGACCUGGGACCUGUGGAUGGACGAGUCUGUCAGACCACAGUGGACUGGGAGGGUGAUAAGCUGGUGUGUGUUCAGAGAGGAGAGAAGGAGGGAAGAGGAUGGACACACUGGCUGGAGGGAGACAAGCUACACUUGGAGAUGAGAGUUGGAGAUGUGGUCGCCAGGCAACUCUUCAAGAAGGCAGACUGAAACCACUGGGAACGAUCCCGUUCAUCAACUCAACAUUCAUGAUUCUCAUUAGAAAAGUCUAGGACUUGGUAUAUAAGUGCAAAAGUUAUACACAUAUGAUAAUCAUUGUUUUAAAUACCAUUACUUAAUGGACAACAUGUAACAUUUAAGAUAUUUUUAAUUAGUGUGCUAUUUCACUGUGGGAAAGAUUGUCAAUGAUCAGUUUUGAAUGUUGUCAUGGUACAGUGCAGGGUGAACUGUGUAAACAUUCCCAGUGUGUUUCCUCAUAUAUCACUACGAUAGUUCACAAUGCCAUUGAAUGUUCCCUUUUGUGUUGAAUGGGGCUGUUCUGUGUCCAACUAUACCACCUGAUGCUCCACUACAAAUACAGAUGUUGCCUCUUUAUGGUACUGUUCUAACUCUUCCCUUCAAUGUGUAUUUAUGUGUACGCUGUGAUCGAACGUCAGUUCAGCGUUUUUCACGCCCAUUGGUUUAGUUAUUGGGGAAGGUGUGCUAAGGCUUGGUCUGUGCCUAAAGGGCUGCAUUUACACAGGCAGCCCAAUUCUGAUCUUUUUGUUUUACUAAUUGGUCUUUUGACCAAUCCGAUCAGCUCCGAAAAAUAUCUGAUGUUAUUGGUCAAAAGACCAAUGGAAAAAAAUAUCAGACUUGGGCAGCCUGUGUGAAAGCAGUCCACAACUGAUUUCAGUUGGCCUGCAUUUAUCUGUAAAUGCUGGCUGAUAACACUAGAGGGCAGGGUAAAGCAGUUUGUAAAGCAGUUUGAAGUAUGGUAGCUGCUGCUACUCCUAUCCUACAGGGGGCGACAAACACUUAAUUAAUCAGUGUCCACUCGGGUGUUGUCUACAUUUAGAUUCUGCACUUUGCUAAAGCGUCAACUGUUUUGACAGAAUUUUCAAUGCUGUUGUUAAAAAAUCAUUGAACAGAUGCUGUGAUGUCAAAAUGAAUAUCUAUCUAUAAACAUCUACUUCAACAA